GAGCGAUCGAGCAAUGGGUAUCGCGCGAUUUCUGCGCACCAGUCUUUCUAUCUAUUUACAUAUCGUUUUAUCUCGCACAUGUAAGAAUAAUUUAAAAAAAUAAAAAUUAUAAAGAGAAAGAGAGAGAGAGAGAGAAGGAUAACUUUAAAUAAGAUAUAAAUAAAAUAAAAUGAUAUAAGCACAGAUAUAAAAUAAUUAAAAUAUGCAAAUUACCGAUUGACGGCAAUUAAAAAUAAUAAGAAUGGAGGAAGAUCGUGCGUACGUAGAGGAUAAAUUUUUAUACAUAUUAAAUAUAUAUUUUGUUAUCUCUUACAAGAUAUUUUUAAGAUAAAAAAAUUGUAAUAAAAUAUGCUGCAAUGAUACUCUACAAAAUCAAGAAAGUUUUUGUAUCGCAAGAUAGGAUAUAUUCGAAUACAAUUAUUUUGAUAUCUUUAUUAAAGUUUCUUCAUUUUAUAUUCGCUAGAAUAUGCAAGUCAUCGAAAGAAUAAAAACAGAUAUGCAAAUGCGGGCCAAGAACAAGAACUGGCACGAAUAUUUAAAUAAAAUGUUACAAAUAAUAUAAUUUGAGGUCGUAUUAAUUUACACCAGCAUGCAUAAAAGGAAUUAAUGAUUUCAGAAAGUAUAUAAAUGAAUGUAAUGCGGAAAAAUCGCAAUUCUCGAUUUCGAUAUAUCAUUGUGAAUCUACUGUGAAUAUACCGAAGUAAUAUCAUUUCAAUGAUCUAUUAUUAAUUUUUGAUUAUUUAAACUUAAUAUUUUAAACGUAAAUCUAAAAUUGCGGAUCGUAAUUACAAAAGAGCAAAUACUUAACAAAAAAUUUACAUUUAACAAAUUUCCGAAAAAAUCACGCUGUUUUUUAAACAUGGGUACAGAAGUGAUACAUGAUAAAAUUAACAAUAAGCUCCAUGAUGUAGAGGAAGUAUUCCACAAGAAACUAGGUACCGAUAUGAAUUAUCGGCAUUCAUACAUUUGGCAACUCGUCGUAGGUCAUGCAGCUCUUCAGAUAUCAUGGUUCAUUGGACUAUACACACUGAUCUUUUAUGACACGAAAUUAGCUACUACGAUUUGGGCGUUUUUCAUUGCAGCUUCUUCUACUCAAGGAAUUUCGUUGGGCGCGCAUCGUUAUUACACUCACAAGGCUUUUAAAGCUACCAAAUCUUUAAAGAUCCUUCUCUUCUUUUUCCAAACCAUGGCAGGCCAGAACAGCAUGUUUACGUGGGUUUGUGAUCACAAACUUCACCACACAUACAGCGAUACAGACGCGGAUCCCCACAAUUCCAAGAGAGGAUUCUUUUUCUCUCAUAUGGGAUGGCUUAUGGUGAAAAAGCAUCCGCUGCUGAUCCAGAAGCGGAAGCAGAUGGACAUCUCCGAAUUGCUCGCUGACAAAAUGUUAAUGUUUCAAUACAAAUACUUUUUGCCGCUUUAUUUCAUUAUAGCGGUUGUGUUGCCGGUAUCGGUGCCAAUGUACUUCUGGAACGAGACAUUAUGGACGUCGUUCUUCGUGGCAUAUUGCUUUCAGUAUGUCACCAGCCUCCACUUCACUUGGACUAUAAAUUCAUUCGCUCAUUUAUGGGGCACUAAACCUUACGACAAGAGACUCCAAGCAACAAACUCAAAUAUCUCUUGGUUCCUAACACUUGCCGACGGUUGGCAUAAUUUCCAUCACGCCUAUCCUUGGGAUUAUCGAAUGUCCGAGUUUGGAAACUUCACUAGUACACCUGCAUAUCUGCUCGAUUUUUUCGCGUAUCUGGGAUUAGCCUACGAUUUGAAGACAGCCUCACCUAAUAUCAUUCGUGAACAUAUGAAGAAACAUGGAGAUGAGACAGGACAAAAAAUGCUCGCCAAGAAGGAAAAUCUUAAAACGUCUAGAAAUCUAUUAGAAGAUUUAUUGGCGUUAGAUUAAAGGUCAAAAUUGCAAAUUGCGCCCGUAAAUUUUGCAACAUUAGUUCGAAGACACUUUGUAUAACAAAGAUACGAUAGAAAUAAAAAUGACAAUUGAUAGAAUUUGUUCGCACACUUGCGAUAUGAAUUAACGCGUUUCUCACCUCGUCCGUAUCGAAGGUAUCACCUUUUGCUCUUUCGGGAACGGAAUAAAAAAAAUUCUCUCCUAAAGCAGGUUGGCGCAUCGAUUACUAUACGCUGGAAGACCGUGAGCUCUCGCGAUUUAUAUGGUCCGCUCGAUCCAAGUUCCAACGCACGUGCCGAAAUCUCGUUAAACGAUUAUUCGCUCUGCAAAAGUCCACGCGGGCCAAGGUCGCUCACUGGCGGCGGCAGCGA